GAGAACAACAAGGUGAUGAGCGAGAAGGCCCUCUCCAUUAUUCCAACACAAGAGGAGCGAAUGAGCCUAAAAGACAUUGCACCAGAAGAGUUUCUGGAGAUCUGUGAGAAGAAUGGUCAAUUUCGCGUAAGCUGCAUGCGUAGCGAGGGAAGUUUAAAGAGGCUGCGGGGUAAAUGUUCUGAAAGUACAGUACAAUGGCAGAUACCAUUAGUCCAAUUGCUGAAGAGGUCUGAGAGGUGGAAGGUCCUGAUGGAAGAAUUUCGGUUAUACAACGCUUAUUUAGAAGAAGUUCUUAGUAAAAUUCACAAAUGCAUGCAAUUUUUCAGAAUUCGAGAGGAGUUUGUUGCUGAAUUUCAUGCGCGUCGAAAUGUCAACAAUUCGAUAAUCCGCCAGGAAUUCGAGGACAUUUUUGUUGUAAGCAAGGAUACGGCAGAAAGUAUGGACUACUGGCAAGAAUAUGAUGUGGAAGUUGUGCACCAGGUGAUCUCACAAUUACUUGCAUCAUAUACAUACGAUCUCCUCUUGAAAGUCAAUCUGAAGGUAGAGAUAAUCCUUUCUUCCGUCACAAUCGAUGCUAUACCAACGUCUCACACUUGCAUGUCUCCAAUAUACCGUGAUGCGACAAUGGAUUUAUUAUACCGUGGCCGAAUUCUUAAAGAUGAGCAAAGUAAAGAGCAGUUGCGGGAAGAAUGGUGCAUUGAUAAGUUUGAUUGGGAGAUUUCAAAAACAAUAGAGAUUUCACACCCUAAUGAUUUACCCGUCGGUUAUGAUUACUAUGGAUAUCCUAAAGAGAUUCCAGUUGAAAA